AUGCACGGCAUGUUCCGCGGCGCCUCCUCCUUCGACAAGGACCUCAGCUCGUGGGACGUGUCGGCGGCCCUCAACAUGGACUACAUGUUCCACGACGCCACCUUCCUCAGCGACUGCAACAAGGCGCUCAUGCACGCCAGCUUCGACGCACAGACGAUCGUGUGGGACGACCGAUUCGUGGGGAAUUCGUGGGGCUCGCUUGCGUGCCCUCCCUCGCCGCCGGCCUCGCCGCCGCCUCUGCCGCCGCCUCCCUCCGCCUCGCCGUCGCCGCCGCCGCCGCCUCCGUCGGACCCGCCGUGCUUCCCGAGCUCUGCGACGGUCCAGCGCGCCGACGGCGCUACUUCCCCCCUCUCCUCCCUCUCCGCCGGCGACUCCAUCCUCGCUGCGGCGGCCGACGGCACCCUCGCUUUCGAUGGCGCGGCUUUCCUCUCGCUCGCCACCGCGACGGCGACGGUCACGCUCACCCCGACGCACAAGCUGCCCGCCGGCCCGGCAAAGGCGCUCAAGCAGGCGUCCGAGGUUGCCGUCGGAGAGACGAUCUGGCUCGCGUCGCCGGCCGCGGACACGCUCGCGCCCGUCCUCAAGAUAACCAAGGUCGUGGCCGACGGGCUGCACAGCCCGCUCACCAUGCGCGGCGGCUGGCCGGUCGUCGACGGCGUCGCGACCUCGUACAACAGUCCGGCCGUAGUCGCGCGCAACAAGUACCUCGUCCCGCUCGUCGAGGCGGUCUGCCCCACCCUCGGCCGCCUCGUCGUAGCGGCCGUGAACCCCAAGCCGAUGCACUACAUCGAUGGCGAGGUGGUCGAGCCAUUCUCAUCGCUCGAGGUCGCCGCUGCCGUGGCCGUCACGGCCGCCGCCACUCUUGGCGUGCGCAAGAUCACGGCGCGCAAGUAA